AUGGCUUCUCUAUCAGACGAGGAUCUGACCUGUCCGGUCUGCCGGGACAUCUUCAAAGAUCCUGUUGUUCUCACAUGCAGCCACAGCUUCUGUAAAGUCUGUCUGCAGGACUGGUGGUCAGAAAACCACCAGCACCUGUGUCCGGUCUGUAUGAGAAGAUCAUCAAGAAGUGAUCCACCUCGUAACCUGGCUCUGAAAAACCUCUGUGAGUCUUUUGGGUCAAAGAGAAACCAGAGAUCUGCAGCGGACUCUGAGGAUCUCUGCAGUCUGCACACUGAGAAACUCAAACUCUUCUGUGUGGACCAUCAGCAGCCCAUCUGUGUGGUCUGUCUUCAUUCAGAAUCACACCACGGACACAGCUUCAAACCCAUCGGUGAGGCUGCACAGGACCACAAAGAAAAGAUCCAGACUCUUCUGAAGUCUUUACAGGCCAGGAUGAAGAUCUUCCAUGAAGUCAAAGAAAAAUGUGAUCAGACGGCCGAAUACAUCGAAGCACAGGCCCAGCGCAUACAGAGGCAGAUUAGAAAGCAGUUCAAGAAGCUUCAUCAGUUUCUAGAAGAGGAAGAGGAGGCCAGGAUCUCUGCUCUGAGGAAGGAAGAGGAGCAGAAGAGAGAGAGCAUGAAGGAGAAGAUCCAGACUCUGAACAUAGAGAUAGCAGCUCUGUCAGACUCGAUCAGAACCAUGGAGAAGGAGCUGAGAGCUGAAGACGUCUCCAUCCUGAAGAACUACAAGACAGAGGUGAAGAGAGUCCAGCAGCGCCCCCUGCUGGAUGACCCAGAGCUGGUCUCAGGUGCCCUGAUAGACGAAGCCAAACACCUAGGCAACCUGAGCUUCAACAUCUGGACCAGGAUGAAGGAGACCAUCUCCUACACUCCUGUGAUUCUGGACCUGAACUCGGCUGAUCCAGACCUCCUGGUGUCUGAAAACCUGACCGGUGUCAAACGUAGAGAUGAAGGAAAACGUCCCAAAAAUCCUGAGAUAUCGGACAGCCUCCCCAUCGUCCUGGGCUCUGAGGGCUUCACUUCAGGGAGUCACAGCUGGGACGUGGAGGUGGGAGAGAGCGGAUGCUGGUCUCUGGGAGUGGCAGCGAAGUUUGUCCAGAAGAAAAGAGAACUCAAGUCUAGACUCUGGAGGAUGGAGUUCAGUGAUGAAGGAUAUAAAGCCAUCUCUCUGUCAGCCAAAGCCACGGUCCUCUCAGUGAAGAGGAAGCUUCAGCAGGUCAGAGUGGACCUGGACUGUGACCAAGGAACACUGACCUUCACUGAUCUGAAGACCAAGACCUGCAUCCACACCUUCACUCACACCUUCACUGAGGAGCUGUUUCCAUUCAUCGGCAAUGGAGACGAGAAACCCAUCGAGAUUUUACCUCGAGAUACCGACUGAUGAGAGGACUGGGACCAGGAUGAGGAUGAGGAUGAUGAUGAUGAGGAUGAGGAUUAUGAGGAUGAGGAUGAGGAUGAGGAUGAUGAUGAGGAUGAGGAUAAGGAUUAUGAUGAUGAGGAUGAGGAUGAUGAGGAUGAGGAUGAGGAUUAUGAGGAUGAGGAUGAUGAUGAGGAUACUCUCCUGCAGGUUUUAGAGGUAUUUCUUGCAGCCUUCUUUGGGACUAGACCGGGCUCCCGGUCUGUGCAGAUCAAGAGUCAGAUCCUCUUUGGCUCCAUGAACCCUGCAGUAACAGCCAGUAAAGCACAGACACAGCUCAGUAAUGAUGUCCGCCAACGCCACGAGUCGGUCCACAUUACCACUUCAGACGGUGUGCUCAGGUGUGAACAGGUGUGCUCAGGUGUGAACAGGUGUGAACAGGUGUGCUCAGGUGUGAACAGGUGUGCUCAGGUGUGA